AUGGCAGUGACCCGGCACGCUGGCCGGCGAAGGGCACUGGAGCUGGUGGGACUGCGGCAUCUCCCUCUGAAGGUGGCCACAGGCUCACUGCGGAGGGUCUGGCUUGGAGGGGGAGCUCGGGGACAGCCGGAGGAAUGGAAGAGCAUCCCCCGGGGACUGACCCGUCCUGUCCUCUGCUCCUGGCACGGGCAGCCAGAGAGCGGCUCUCGCCGGAGCCGGUGGGUGCGGCCGGUGGUCACACGGGCUCUCUGCGCCGUUGCAUUUGCUGUCAGCAGCGUGCUUGCUGUCGCUGGUGGCACACGUGCCUUUGGGGCUGCUGGGUCUGGGAUCUCCGACAUCUACAUCAGUGGGGAGUCAGGGGAUAUGUCGGCCAAGGAGAAGCUGCUUCUGUGGACACAGAAGGUGACGGCGGGCUACAUCGGGGUGAAGUGCACCAACUUCUCAUCAUGCUGGAGCGAUGGGAAGAUGUUCAACGCGCUCAUCCACAGAUACAGGCCAGAUCUGGUGGACAUGGAGAGGGUGCAGAUCCAGAGUAACCGGGAGAACCUGGAGCAGGCCUUCGAGAUCGCUGAGCGGCUGGGGGUCACGCGGCUGCUGGAUGCUGAAGACGUGGAUGUCCCCUCUCCGGAUGAGAAAUCUGUGAUAACUUAUGUGUCUUCAAUCUACGAUGCCUUUCCCAAAGUCCCCGAGGGAGGAGAAGGGAUCAGCGCUAUCGAGGUGGAUUCAAGGUGGCUGGAGUACCAGAGCCGUGUGGAGUCCCUCAUCUCGUGGAUCAAGCAGCACACGAUACUCAUGUCAGAUAAAUCCUUCCCCCAGAACCCUGUAGAGCUAAAGGCACUUUAUAACCAGUACAUACACUUCAAAGAAACUGAAAUCCCAGCAAAAGAGCAGGAAAAAGGAAGGAUAGAGGAGCUCUACAAACUGUUAGAGGUAUGGAUUGAAUUUGGACGCAUCAAGUUGCCCCAGGGGUACCACCCCAACGACGUGGAGGAGGAGUGGGGCAAGCUCAUCAUAGAGAUGCUGGAGCGCGAGAAGCUCCUGCGGCCGGCGGUGGAGAGACUGGAAUUGCUGCUACAAAUUGCUAACAAAAUCCAGAAUGGUGCUCUGAGCUGUGAAGAAAAACUCACUCUCGCGAAGAACACGCUGCAAGCUGAUGCUGCUCACCUGGAGUCGGGCCAGCCGGUGCAGUACGAAUCCGACGUGGUCGUGUAUCUGCAGGAGUGUGAGGGGCUCAUCCGCCAGCUACAGGUGGAUGUACAGAUCCUUCGGGAUGAGAAUUACUACCAGCUGGAGGAGCUGGUGUUCAGGAUCAUGCGGCUGCAAGAUGAGCUGGUGACGCUGAGGCUGGAAUGCACUAACCUGUACAGGAAAGGCCACUUCUCCACCCUGGAGCUGGUGCCCCCUUCCACGCUGAGCACAACGCACUUGAAGGGCGAGUCCCUGACCAAAGGGCUGCACACCUCCUCUGCCUCCUGGUUCCGCAAGCCCAUGACCAGGACAGAGCUGGUGGCCAUCUCCUCUUCUGAAGAUGAAGGCAGUCUCCGGUUUGUGUAUGAGCUGCUGGCCUGGGUGGAGGAAAUGCAGAUGAGACUGGAGCGGGCAGAGUGGGGGACCGACUUGCCGAGUGUGGAAACCCAGCUGGAGACUCAGCGGCACGUCCACACCAGCGUGGAGGACCUGGGCUCCAGCGUAAAGGAGGCCAGGAUGUACGAGGGUAAAAUGUCUCAGAAUUUCCGCGCUAGCUACACGGAGACGCUCGGCAAGCUGGAGACGCAGUACUGCAAGCUGAUGGAAACCUCGAGCUUCCGGCUGAGACACCUCCAGAGCUUGCAUGGAUUUGUGUCUCGGGCCACUGCUGAGCUGAUUUGGCUGAAUGAGAAGGAGGAGGAGGAACUGGCCUACGACUGGAGCGACAGCAACCCUAACAUUGCAGCCAAGAAAAACUACUUCUCGGAGCUGACGACGGAACUGGAAGAGAAGCAGGACAUCUUCCGCUCCCUCCAAGACACGGCCGAGCUCCUGUCCCUGGAGAACCACCCGGCCAAGCAAACUGUAGAGGCCUACAGUGCUGCUGUACAGACUCAGUGGCAGUGGAUUAAGCAGCUCUGCCUGUGCGUGGAACAGCACGUGAAGGAGAACGCUGCCUAUUUCCAGUUCUUCAGUGACGCCCGGGAGUCAGAGACCUACCUGCGCAACCUGCAGGACUCCAUCAAAAGGAAGUAUUCUUGUGACCAUAACACGAGCCUGACGCGGCUGGAGGACCUGCUGCAGGACUCCAUGGAUGAGAAGGAGCAGCUCAUUCAGUCAAAGAGCUCCGUCGCCAGCCUGGUGGGACGGUCCAAAACCAUCGUUCAGCUCCGGCCCAGGAACCCGGAGCACCUUGUGAAGGGCACGAUCCCCAUCAAGGCUGUUUGUGACUAUCGGCAGAUCGAGAUCACCAUCUGCAGGAACGACGAGUGUGUGCUGGAGGACAAUUCCCAGAGGACCAAGUGGAAGGUGAUCAGCCCCACGGGGAACGAGGCCAUGGUGCCCUCUGUCUGCUUCCUGAUCCCCCCACCCAACAAAGAGGCCAUCGAGAUGGCCAACAGGGUAGAACAGUUGUACCAGAAAGUGAUGGCUCUCUGGCACCAGCUCCACAUGAACACAAAGAGCCUCAUCUCCUGGAACUACCUGCGGAAGGACAUAGCCCUGGUGCAAAGCUUCAGCAUGGAAAAGCUCAGAUCCUUAGCGCAAGGGGAGUGCCAGCAAGCCAUGAAGAGCCUCCAGGCGCACUAUGAGGACUUCCUGCAGGACAGCCGGGACUCGGAGCUCUUCUCGGUGUCAGACCGGCUGCGCCUGGAGGAGGAAGUGGAAUCUUCCAAGGAACACAUCCGGCAGCUGCUGGAGUCCAUGGAGAACGAAGACAAGGAUGAGACCGUUGCCAGGACGUAUCUCUCCGAGCUCAAGAAUAUCCGUCUGCGCCUGGAGGAGUGUGAGCAGAGGCUAGUGAGCCGAAUCCAGUCCCCGAGCAGCGCCCGAGCAGAUGGUGACACUAUCCAGGAAAACACCAUCCGUGUUGCGGAGCAGGAGCGCAUGCAGGAGGAGCUGCAGCGGCUGCAAUCAGACCUGCGGUUUGUUUCUGAGAGAUGCUACAGCUUCCUCAACAAGGCCCCCGCGGGGUCCAGCACACCCCAGUUGCGUUCUGAACUUGACUUGGUGGUGAACAAGAUGGACCAGAUGUGUGGGCUGUCUUCCAUCUACCUGGACAAGUUGAAGACGGUUGAUGUUAUUAUUCGUAACACCCAAGGAGCAGAAUCUCUGGUCAAAGGGUAUGAGGUUAAGCUGAGCCAAGAGGAGGCAGUCCCCGCUGACCUGGCAGCUAUUCAGUCUCACAGAACUGCGUUACAGCAAUGGCUCGGGGAGGUGAAGGACAAGAGCUCCGUCUUCUCCACGUUGGAGGAGGAGAUGGCAAAGGCGAAGGCGGUGGGAGAGCAGCUGUACCGGCUGAGACAAGAGCGCAGCAUCGACCUCGAGCGCUAUCAGGAGAAGGGAGGCCAGCUGUGGGAUCGCUGGCAGCGCGUCUGCUCCCAGAUUGAGACCCGCCAUGCAGAGCUGGAGAGCAUCCAGGAGGUGCUGAGUGACUACCGGCAGUGCCACAGUGCCCUAAUCCAGUGGAUCGAGGAGAUCACGGUCCAGCAAGAGCUGAUGAAACCUGGGCAGGCAGAAGACAGCCGGGUGCUGUCAGAGCAGCUGAGCCAGCAAACGGCUUUGGCUGCAGAAAUUGAGAAAAAUCAAGCCAAACUGGACCAGUGUCAGAAAUUCUCCCAGCAAUACUCUGCUGCUGUCAAGGACUACGAGUUGCAGCUCAUGACGUACAGGGCGUUUGUCGAGUCGCAGCAGAAGUCUCCCAUGAAGCGCCGGCGCAUGCUCUCGUCCUCGGACGCCAUCACGCAGGAGUUCAUGGAUUUGCGGACUCGCUAUACAGCUCUGGUGACAUUAACCACACAGCACGUCAAGUACAUCAGCGAUGCUCUCCGGCGGCUGGAGGAGGAGGAGAAAGUAGUGGAGGAGGAGAAGCAGGAGCAUGUGGACAAGGUGAAGGAACUCCUGGGCUGGGCCCUGGGCUUGAAGGAGAGCGUGCAAGGCAGGACGACAGCUGCUGGGAGCAGAGAGCUGGGCGACAUUGAGAAAUCCAUCUCGGAGCAGCAGGCCCUGAACGAAGAGCUGGCUGCGAAGAAGGAGCAGGUCUCUGAGGCCAUCAAAACUUCACAAAUCUUCCUGGCAAAACACAGCCACAAGCUUUCCCAUCCAGAGAAGGAACAGAUUUCUGCUCAGAUCGGUGCUCUCAAGCAGACCUACCAGGUGCUCUGCAAUGACUCCACAGAGCAGCUCCAGCAGCUCCAGAGCCAGCUGGCUCAGGAGACAGAGCACAAGACGCUGCAGGAGCAGCAGGCAGCCCGGGCGCAGAGCCUGGCCGAGCUGAGCCGCUGGCUGUGCCAGGCAGAGGACACGCUGGCAGAGCAGCAGAGAGCCACCAGCGAAGGGGACCUGUCUGCCUUGCAGCAGAGGCAAAGCGAUGUUAAGGAGCUGCAGAGGAACAUGCACACCCGAGCCGCCUCCUUUGCCAGCGUCCUGAAAAGCACAGAGGAGUUUUUGGAGGAGAACAAGGCCAAGAUGGACCCUGGGGAGCUGGCAGCACUGCAAGAGAAGCUUCAACUUGCCAAGGAGCAGUACCGGUCCCUGCAGGAGAGGACAGAGAUGGCCCAGAAGGAGCUGGAGAGCGCUGUGACUGCUGCAGUGCAGCAGGAGACUGAAAAGGUGAAAGCUGCCAAAGAGCUGGAGGAGAACAGCAAUAAGAUCGAUUCCCUUUUGAACUGGGUGGCAUCGCUGGAGCAGAAGGGAGGGCUCCUGGAGUACAGACCGCACCCCGUUGAGCAAGCACCAGGGGCACGAGUUGGGCCAGGCACUCAGGAUGUCCCCGAUGGCCACAUCGUGGGAGCAGACAGCGCUGCUGAGAGCCUGGAUGAGCAGUACGAGAGGCUGAAGGCCCAGCACCAGGAGCUGCUGUCCCAGCAGCAGGACGUUAUCCUGGCCACACAGUCGGCGCAGGCUUUCCUGGACAAGCAUGGCCACAGCCUGGCUGGGGAGGAGCGGGAGCGGCUCCAGGGCCGGCUGGCAGAGCUGAAGGACCAGUACGCAGCUUCCCUCUCGCAGUCAGAAACGCGGCUGAAGCAAGUGCAAGUCCUGCGGGAUGAGCUGCAGAAGUUCUUGCGGGAUCACGGGGAGUUCGAGGCUUGGCUGAAGCAAGCGGAGCAGGAUCUGGAGGGGAUGUACAAGGGGGGAAGUGACCCCACGGCCCUCCGGCAGCUGCUCCUGCGGCAGGGCAGCUUCUCGGAAGACGUGAUCUCCCACAAAGGCGACCUGCGGUUUGUUACCAUGUCGGGGCAGAAGGUGCUGGAUGUGGAGGGAGCUGCUGGGGACACAGGGUCCCAGAUGCUGAUGUCCAGGAGCGUGGUCAAGAGCAAGCUGGAGGAUGCGACACAGCGAUACACCACGCUACACUCCAAGUGCACCAAGCUUGGCUCCCACCUGAACACCUUGCUGGAUCACUACCAGCAGUUCCAGGAGGUGGCAGAGUCUCUCAGGAUGUGGCUGCAGGAGAGCGAAGCUGCCGUUGGGAAACUGCUCUCGGAGACGGUUCCUUCAGAUCCUGCUGUUCUGCAAAAGCAACUUGCCAGUGCUAAGCAGCUGCAGGGAGACCUCGCUGAGCACCAGGUGCCGGUGGAGAAGCUCCAGAAAGCAGCUCGGUCCCUGCUGGAGGUACAAGGGGAGCCAGCCCCAGACCACAGGCACAUUCAGGAAACAACAGAUGCCAUCGUGAGCCGCUUCCAGAGCCUCUCCCAGCAGAUGAGCGAGCGCUCGGACCUGCUGCAGAAAUCCAUCGCUCAGUCCCAGAGCGUCCAGGAGAGCCUGGAGAGCCUCCUCCAGUCGGUGGCCGAGAUCGAGAAGAACCUGGAGAGAGAGCAGCCGGCCACGCUCUCCUCCGCCUCCAUCCAGGACUCCCUUGCCACGAGUGCGAAGCUGAAGCAGGACAUUGCCAGGCAGAAGAGCUGCCUGGAAGCCACCCGUGAGAUGGUGACACGGUUCAUGGAGGCGGCAGACAGCCCCACGGCCUCUGCCCUGCAGGGCAAGCUGGCAGAGGUGACGGAGCAUUUCGGCAGGCUGUGCCAGCAGCAGCGGGAGAGGGAGGACGCGCUGAAGGGCCUCCUGCCAAAGGUCGAGCAGUACGAGCAGCUCUCGGAGAAGUUGCAGCAGUUCACGGAGAGCAGAGCACGGAUGUUGGCAUCCGGGAACCAGCCGGAUCGGGACAUCGCUCGCUUCUCUCAGCACAUCCAGGAACUGAAUUCAGAGAUGAGGCAGCACCAGGAGGACCUGGCCACCCUGGAGCACCUGGCUGCGGAGCUGGGCUCUUGUGGCUUCGCCCCUGGUGCCUCCCAGCAGCAGGAGAAGCUGCAGAGCCUGAAGAAAGACUUCCUGCAGCUACAGAAGGUGGCAAAAGAGAGGUGA